GCGGGCUCGCGCUUCCGGUGCGCGCAGCGGAAGCAGCGGCCGGAGGCUUCGAGCGGCGGCCGAGCGGCGGGCGACGCGGGCGGGCGCCGCGGGGGCCAUGGCGCCGUGGCUGCCGGGCUAGGGAGGGCCGGCGCCGCGGCGAUGACGGGCUACGCGGGCCGCCCGGGCGUCCCCCCGCUGUCCCGGGCACGGAGCCUCGUCAUUGCGGAUGCUCCCGCGUUCUGUGAGCGCCGGUCUUGCCUCCCCCAGCUAGACUGCGAGCGCCCGCAGGCCGGGGACCUGGAGUCCCGCUUCCUCGGCAUUCGGCCGACGUUUACGUGCUGUGUGCCCAGCCCGGUGCUGGCUUCCGUGGGAGACGCAGAUUUUGGCUAUGGAAAGGGGAAAGGCACUAAGCAAGGUCCAACAGGAGCCCAGAACACAUACUUUGGAGAUGAGAAACUUGGAGAUCUUGAAGAGGCAAAUCCAUUCUCCUUUAAAGAGUUUCUGAAAACCAAACACCUUGGCCUGUCGAAAGAGGACACCAGCAGCAGAAUUUAUCCAAAGGACGCCACGAGGCACUCACUGGGACUUGACUGCGACACCCUGCCCUCCCAAACCGUGGGCUAUGGCCUGGAGUAUCAGCAGCCAUUUUUCGAAGACCCAACGGGGGCUGGCGACCUUCUGGACGAGGACGAGGACGAGGACGACGGGUGGAAUGGGGCCUACCUGCCGUCCGCCAUGGAGCAGACGCACUCCUCCCAGGUCGCCGCCAGCAUGUCGCCCUGCAGCACGUACAUCUCCUUUUUCUCCAACCCGUCCGAGCUGGUGGGGCCCGAGUCUCUGCCCCCCUGGACGCUGAGUGACUCCGACUCCCACGUCUCCCCGGCGGGGAGCCCCAGCACCGACUUUGCAGCCCACGGAGAGUCUCUGGGGGACAGGCACCUUCGGACCCUGCAGAUAAGUUACGAAGCAAGACCCCCGUGUGAAACCAAUGAUGAGGGUCGGAGCGGGACUGAGCCUGGGUCUCAUUGCAUCACAUCCUCAGCCUCAGAUACACCUCUUAGUUCUGUGGUGAGGACGCUUGAGCGCAAGUUAGAAGCCAAAAUGAUCAAGGAGGAGAGUGACUACCAUGACCUGGAGUCGGUGGUGCAGCAGGUGGAGCAGAACCUGGAGCUCAUGACCAAACGGGCAGUAAAGGCAGAAAAUCACGUCCUGAAGCUGAAGCAGGAAGUCAGCUUGCUCCAGGCGCAGGUCUCUAACUUCAAGCGUGAGAACGACGCCCUGCGGUCAGGCCAGGGCGCGAGCCUGACGGUGGUGAAGCAGAACACCGACGUGGCCUUGCAGAACCUCCGCGUCGUCAUGAACAACGCACACGCCUCCAUCAAGCAGCUGGUUUCUGGAGCUGAAACGUUGAAUCUCGUUGCUGAGAUCCUUAAAUCUAUAGACAGGAUUUCUGAAAUUAAAGAGCAGGGGGAGGAGUCUUGAGAACCACGGAGGUGCUUACAGCUCACAGCUCUGUUUAUAUCUUGAAACCACUACCCAGUCGAUUCCAAGAUGCCCACCGUGUCUCUGAAUGUGCAGUCUUCCCCCAUAGUAAAGAUAUUUAUCAUGAGACACUAACUUCCUGAUCUGUAACCGUGUUACUGGCUGCGUGCAGGGAGGGGCAGCCCUUCUUGGUGAGCUCCCUGCUGUUUUAUGGACGCUGAUCAUCUAUGGGAAGAUGUUUCUAUAAAAGCCACUGUUUUUUUUAUGUUUACUAAACGAAAACCACGGUUUUGUAAUAAGUGUUUUCCGUUGUCAUUCCAGAACGUUAACUAAGAUAAGUUCAGUUGGAUGCCUUUGCUCUCACAAGGAGAGAAACACUAAAUGAGCCAUAAUAUAAGCGCUUGCCUCGGACAGGGACGUGUGCCUUACUGCCGUCGCCCAGUGGCCCCUCUGCUCCCAAUCCACUCCUUGAGCUUCGGGGGGGGGGGGGGGGGCGGGGCUGGUCCCUGCAGUUGGUGACCUGAGCGUGGACGCCCCACGAGGUGGUCACUGAUGUCCUCCCGCAGGGGCCAAGGUCAGCACAGGCAUUCCAUGGUGGGAUGCCGGCUAAGUGCAUCUCGUUAUGGGCUUUCAGGUUUGGAAAACUGUUUUUGGCUGGAGGGUUUUGAUACGCAUUCUAAGUGCCAUCUUGUACACCGACGUUCAGGGACUUGGAGCCUAGGCAGGGCCUUCCCGGUCAGCAGCACCGGGCCUCCCAGGUGCCUUUCCAACCCCCGCCUGUCAGAGGGGAGGUGUAACAUGCACUAGAGGCCUUUCUGGCUGUUUUCCUGUGGGUUUUUUUUUAAUGAAUGUCCUUUUCCCCUCCUGUUCAAAUUGACAGUUUUCUAAUUCAAUAAAUUCUAA